AAAAUGAUGAAUGUGAAGAAAAUGAUGAAUGUGAAGAAAAUGAUGAAUGUGAAGAAAAUGAUGAAUGUGAAGAAAGUGAUGGAUACGCCAACGAACAAAAGUGCAAAAAGACACCAGCUAAUAAAAAAGGCGCAAAUUCAUGUUGCAAAGUGGUCAAACGCAUGGAUGAUGAUGAUGAUGUCGCGUCAUGUGACGAAAAUUCGACAAUACAGUCACCCAGAGCGUGUGUGCAAACGUCAUGCCAUAAACCAAAUAGUGUAUCAUAUGAUCCUUCAACAAACCAAAAGUUACCUUCAUUAACCCCGGACACCUUACCAUCUAUUAAUUUUAAUAGGCAACCUAAACAUCAGCAAGUUGAAAGUCACCCAUCUUUAUCAAUCGAGGACAUAAUAAUGAAAGAGCCUCUUUUCUGUACCACAGAUGAUGGAGACCUUUGCUUUUGUGAUCCUUCUAAUAAUUCACCAAAUAAUGAUUGUAAAAAAUUGAUUGUUCCUCAACAAUUUGUAGCACAGUAUACAAAUUCAAUUUGCUCAACACUUCCCAAGAGUCCAUUAAGCAACUCUAGUGAAUGGCAGCAGGAAAAUAUCUAUUAUGCACAAUCACCAUCACCUACUUCUACCACCUCAUUAGCGACUGAUGAGAAUACUUUGCCUCGAAACCACCCUUUGAAUUUGAAUUGGAUAUUAGAUACACCGAGGGAGGAUACAAGUUGA